AUGGGUGACUAUCUAAACCUUCCAAAAUCUCCAACUCAAUCAUCAUCGCCGCCACCACCACCGCCACCUCCUCCACAAGCUCCGCCAUCAACCAGAUCAAACAUGCCCAUGCUAUAUUACGGUCUCGUGGUUGUAGCCACCGCUGCCAUCGUCCUUGCCAUCUACAACCUCAUAAUUGUACGGUGGUGCGCCAUACAAUACCGCCGCUCACGAGAUGCUAAUCAUCACUUCGGCCCUCGGAGAAACGCUGCCACCCGAAACAAUAACAUAUCACUGCCACCGUCUUCCCUCUCCCGCGGCGGUUCCACCGUAGGUUUGACUGCGAGUUUCCGAUACAAAAAAGAAAUUGAGGGUACUAAUAUUAAAACCCAGUUGGAUUAUGACACCGAGUGCUCCGUUUGCUUAUCGGUUUUUGAAGACGGCGAAGAAGUCAGAAAGUUGCCUAGAUGUAACCACUCAUUUCAUGCUUCGUGUAUCGAUAUGUGGUUGUACUCUCACUCCGACUGCCCACUGUGUCGUAACUCGGUGGUAGAGCCACCGCCUCCACCGCCACAUGCACCGUCGCACCUACCUUUAACACCGCAACACCGGCAUACAGACUCGGCUUUAUCGGAGCAUUCACGGGAUGGAUUAUUAGAUAGAGCGAGCUCCUCUGUCUCUGUGGUUGGCAUUCGUGGGGCCUUUUCUAAGAAGAUUCUACAAAUUCUUUGA